CGCGAGGGCGGGGCGGGGGCGGGGCCGCCGCGGGGCGGGCUCAGCGCAGCCGCCGGCCCCGCCGCGCCGAGGAGCGGGGGGCCGGGCCACAUCAGCGGAGCGAGCGUGCACGGGCGGCCGGCCGAGCCGAGUCAGCCGGGCAGAUCCUGUAAGUGAAAGAAGAUGGGGUCUGGCUGCCUAAAAGUCACCAAAUACUUCCUUUUUCUCUUCAAUCUCCUGUUCCUUAUCCUUGGUGCUGUGAUCCUGGGUUUUGGAAUAUGGAUUCUGGCUGACAAAACCAGUUUCAUUGCAGUCCUACAGACUUCAUCUCCCUCCCUGAAGACUGGUGCAUACAUCCUUAUUGGUGUUGGGGCUGUCACCAUGCUGAUGGGGUUCCUGGGCUGUCUUGGAGCAGUCAAUGAAAUCCGAUGUCUCUUGGGUCUGUACUUCACCUGCCUGCUAGUGAUCCUCAUAACUCAGGUGGCUGCUGGACUGAUCAUCUACUUCCAGAAAGAAACAUUGAAAGAAGAGCUGUCCCGCAUAGUCGGAAGGCUGAUUGAAACUUACGACCCUUUGAAUGAGGAGGAGAAGAACUUACAGGAUGCGUGGGACUACGUGCAGAGACAGAUUGCCUGCUGUGGCUGGGUUGGAGCAGAGGACUGGGAAAACAAUGCAGUUCUCAUCAACAAAAGCAUGACCAUGUAUCCCUGCUCCUGCUCCAAUAGUUCUGAGGACUCUGUGGCGGAUAGCGGUUUCUGUAAUCUAGAUAUCCCUUUAAACAGCACUGCAGCAUUUGCUGACUGGCCUGUUCAUCAGCAGGGGUGCAUGGAUGGUGUCCAAAAAUGGUUGAAGGACAACCUUGGUAUCAUUCUUGGGGUCUGCACAGGUGUUGCUGUUAUAGAGCUGCUGGGGAUGAUACUGUCCAUUGCACUCUGCAAGAACAUACACAGUGAAGACUACACCAAAGUGCCCAAGUCUUGAGUCUGCUGACCCUGGAGCUACGGCACCACAGAGGAAGGAGCAAACAGAACAUUCCUGCCUCAUAUCCAGACUGUCCAACCAUUGACCAUUACUCCUGUGACAUCCCAUUUCUGAUACCACUCUGCUAAGAACUGUUAGAGCUGCAAUACAGCCUGAUCUUCUGGCAGUAGGGCCCUUGGGCCACUCGCAUCCUGACGCUGGUUUAUUUCUACUUCAAGAAGCAGAACUUAACUCUCUUGUAUCACAUGAGACUGAUUAAUCUGAGGGGACAAUGCUUUUGCUGCCUGCUCCGUGUUAUAUAAUCAUAUUCAUAUCUCCAUUCUUCUACAAUUCACCAGGCCUAGCAUAGAAUAAUUCUCUUCCUCCCUCCCAUUUCCUCUCCUGACAUCUCCCCAUCCUCUCAGAAAGAAAAAUCAUCUUUUUGUCCCAUGAGCCAGGAUUCUUGUUGAGAUUCCAGUGCUUUCAUAACCUCAGCUACUUCACUGACUUGGGGUAAUAACUAGUCAUGCUUAUAGGCAUUCUCUUCCCUUACAGUUAACCCUAUGGAGCAUCUUUCAGCCUGCACUCUCAUCUGAAACAUUGAGCACUACCCUCAUACUCACUUCUCCUGCUUCUGGAGUCAGCCAAGCCUUGCCUUCAGCAGAGCUCUUCUUGUAUCAUGUGAUGAGAAGCCACCAGGAAGGAGUCAGGCUUACCUAUUCCAAGUGUGACCUGGCAGAUUGUGGUGGUGUUGCUCAGCUGCUCUUGGAACGGGUCCCAUGAGUUCUGGAGUUGACACGUUUCUCCCAUUUGCCUUUCUUCCCUCUCCUCUCACCCUAGCACUGCUUUGCUGGCUCCUGUCAGCUUGGAAGCACUUCGGUGACUGCUGCAUGGUGUGGGCUCAGCACUAGGCUGGCUCUGCUGGUUGCAUUCUUAGGUUGCCAAAUGUUAUAGAGGUUAUGAUUAAUUUGAUUCUCCCCUUGCUCCCAUUAUGAACAUAAGAUUUGUUAGUUGUGGCUUUUAAUUAUGACUAUGGAGGGAUAUCUGACUGGAUUGCAGACUCUGUAUCUUGGAGUUCUCUCUGCUACAAGUGCCCAGGUUUGGGCUAUGUAGUUUGGAUGUAAGGAUAAGUUGCUUUUAGUUGUCUAGUCUGCACUGUUGUCUGGAGCUGUGGCUGUUGGUUGCUGCAUCCUGAGCUCUGUCUUUAGGGGAAAGCACUGCAGCAGAUAAAUAGCUCAGUUCUGCACUGGUGCAGGCAGGGUAGUUUCUCUAUUUAAUGGCUGGGCUGUUGGCUCCAUGCAGCCAAUGGCCAGAAGCAAAGGCUGAUCUAGAGCACAAGGAAGUAAGAAAUGCAGGUGAAAAACUUCCCCAGCUUCUUUGAUCAAGGAGCUGGGUGCAAAUCCUCAGUCUUAGAGGUGGUUUGGGCAGAAUAGAUUUCCUGCAAUUGCAUAUGCAUGUCUUUACCCUGACAGCAGGAAGUGAUGUGGGAGAGAGGUGGAUGGUUCUUGUCUGAGACCUGAACUUGAAUACAAGGUGCUUGGUGAGAGAGCCUUUGCCUUUUCCUUACAGGUGUGGUCCAAAGACUGUCAAGAGUCCUGUCUCUUGUUGGGGGUGGGGUUGGUAGGAAUAGCCCUAGUAAUAGUUUAAAGGGAUGGCUUCAGUACCUACUGUUUUCCUUCUGACAAGAAGUGGUGAAGGCCCAUUUUAGAGGAUCAGGGUCUCAGCAGUGAGGCCUUGCUCUGUCCUCAUCUCUGGAUACAGUGAUGACUGGGGAGAGUGGAUGUAACUGGGCAGCUGACUUCAUGGAGGUCUGAUAAGGCUUUGCUAUUUUGAGAGAGACCCCUGUCCCCUCCCACACAGAUCCUUCCAAGCUGACCUUUGCUAUAGCAGAAGGCACUCUUCUUCGCAGUAAAGCUUGCUAGCUUUUGUAGUACAAAGUCUGUUCCAUAACGUGUUCUUAUUUGUAAGGUUCAUGUUCAGUUACAGAUGCCAAUGCUGAGCAGCAAGUAAAAAGGAACCCGUGCUGGGUUUCCUUCUUUUGUUUUUG